AUGCCGCCGCGUGAAACGAACGAUCAUCAAGCAGCACUGGAGUCAGCGAACGCUCAUUAUCCUGUCCAAGCGCAUUGCGUCCAAGAUAUGGAAGAAGAAGAACACGAUCCUAGUUUGACUUACAAAGAGGGCGUUCCGGGCCCGACCUUGUCGUUUAUCUGGGGCUUGAAAGUACCGCCGGGGCGCGCUGUCGAGCACAGAGUCGAGGACGGCGAGUACGUCGUGAUCUCGUCGGCCUCGCUCGGUAUCAAGAAACCCAAGGGGAAACGAUCUGUUUUAGUGAUGGAAGACCUAGACGUGCCGAAGCGCGGUUUUUCGGACGAUGAGGACUCUAGCGCGGAUAGCGACGAAGUGGCUUCGGAAUCUGAAUCAAGUAGCGGAUCGGAUUCUGGAUCUGGUAGUUCUGAAGCAGAUGAAGCCAUGGUGAACGGUAUCGAUGAAGACGCAUCAGAUUCAGAGGAUGAUGAGGGCGAUUCGCAGGAGUCUAGCCCCGAGAGCUCGGCCACUGGUACCGGUUCCGAAGAGUCUGCCGACGAAGCGCUCGUCUCCUCCGAGGACGAGAGCGCCUCGGAAGUAUCCGAUGAUGAAGAUGAUUCUUUUCCCGACACACCAGUGAUACGUAGCAUCCCGGUGUGCGUGCUCCUUCCAGGAAAAGUGGAGAGCCAGUCGCUCAACCUAGAGAUUGUUGGACCACGUGUACUUCAUUUUCGCACGUAUGGCAAGGAUACCAUCUACAUCUCUGGACACACCGAAAUCGAGAUAGACGAAUAUGACUCGGAAACCGAUGCUGAAUACGAUGACGAUGUGGAAAUGAGCUACGAAGGUUCCGAGAGCGAUGACGGGAUUGCAGAGUAUUCGGCAUCCGGGUCGAGCUCGGCAUCGGACGAUGAGCCUCUGCCGUCACCGCCGCUCUCUGGGCACAGGAGAAGCGUCCGAAUUACUGAAAUUAUGGAGAGUGAGCAAGCUGAUCGAGUGAAACAUGCGGACGCGGAUCGCACAGCACAUCGUACCAGAGCACGAUCAGGAGCGACUGCCGCAGCAACUGAUGCUGGGGCGUUGACAAGCGGUGGCGCUCAAACGUCAACACGCAAAGCCGAACAGAAGAAUCGCAAAGAAGGCGCAUCAUCGGCUGGCGACGCGAAAACAGGGCUGUCUUCGUCUGCAGCGGACGGGACGAGCAAACGGGGCACAACUCCUCGCAGCGAAUCCUCUACAGACCAGAGCCAUGCAGGCACCAAGCACGUGCGUUUUCCAGAAACUUUGGAGCCAGAGGAGCGCGGGAAGAAGCGGAGCGCAUCGGAGCGGAGUAGCAACCCAGCAGCAGCUGCGGCUGCUUCGAGCGUUGCCGCUGCAAAUGCCCUGUCUGGUAGCGUCUCCUGUUCCACGUGCGGCAAAUCGUUCAAAAUGGCAAGUGCUCUUGAGCAACAUAUGAAAGCGAAACAUGCUGCGUAG